CACACACACACACACACACACACACACACACACACACACACACACAAACACACACACAUACAUACAUACAAAAGAAGGAGUGAUUUCUCGUAUACACUUUCAUUUUGUAAAUGCUCAUCUGUAUCAAUAAUGAUCAUGAAACAUAAUAUAUCAUUUUAAACUACAGUACUUGAGAAAGAGAAACUAAUUUAUCUUUUUUUAUUUCCACUUUAAAAAAACAACAACAAAAGAUGACCAAAACACUGAUGUGGGAUCUGACAGGCUUCGGCAAAAUCUUGGUUCAAUGGUGGAAGACUUGCAAACCUACAUGAAGACUGUUAAAUUAAAGAAUCAUAGCCAAAUGAAACACAUUGAGCAACUACUUAGUGAAAGAGAAGCAAUGCAGAAGAAAAUUGAAGUGCAGGAAGAGAUGAUACAGGGGGCGAAUAAUGCAAACCAAACAAUCCACAGGCUAAAUUUGUGUCUAGCUGAAACACAAGAUGCACUAGAAGAACAGCAGAGAAUAUCUGAUGAUUUGGAGAAGGAACUUCAAAUGAAAGAAGAACAGGAAAAAGAUCUGCAGAACCAAAUAACAGAAACAGAACUGGAUUUGAAAGACUUGAAGCAGACAAUCGAGGAAACAGAACGAAGAGCACAGGCAGAAAUUCAAUCAAUUGAACAACAGUUAAUAGCAGAAAAAGAAAAUACCCUUAUGUCUGCUAAGAAAGCUAUACUUGAUAUUGAGAAAGACAGAAAUGUCCAGCAUAUAAUGUCAGAACUAGAAAAAUCAAAGAUGUUGAACAGUGUAUUAAAAGACAAACUGGAUGAGAAUAAGAAGAAAUUUGACCGAUGUUACAAUGACUUUAUACUGCCUGCAGACUUAAAGAAGAAAAUGAAAAGUUUGUCUCACAGCUUGAAAACAGGAAAGCAUGUCAUUGAGCCAGAGGAUAACAAAGAUUUUGUUGGACAAAUCUUUCAAGACUUACAGAAAGGAUUGCAAGAUAAAAUGAACCAAAUGAAGAAAGAACUAGAUGAAAGAAAAGAGAAUGAAAGAAAGGCAAAGGAACGGAAUCAAGCAUUAAAUGAAAAACUGAAAGAAAUGAAUAGAUUAUUGAUGGAAAAGAAGACACAUGAUCUGAAACAGGAAGAUAUCUUAAAUGCCAAGAUUGCCAGUGAGAAAAAAGUGAGAGAUUUGCAAGAAGUACUUCAGAAACUGCAAAAAGAAUUGGCUGACGCUGAAACACAACUGAAAUUGGAGAAACAGAAAGCAUUCAGUAAAAGUGUUGUCUACGAAUCUCCCGACAACAGCGAAGGAAGCAUGAACAGUGAAGAAAAACGAUUGUUUGAGGAACUUCAAAGAGAACUGGUGGAUCUAAAAAGACGAAUGCUUGGUAAGGAAGAGGAAUUUAUUCAACAGCUCGCUGCCACAGAAGCCCAUGCUGCACACUGGGAAUCUCAAGCCAAACAACAACAACAACAAUAUUCUGAUGAAUUAAAAGGGAAACAAUUGGAAAACAAUCUACAUAAAGCUCAACAACAGGCUUGUAUCCAAGUGAUUUCUCAAGAUUUGGACAAUGCCAGGAGAACUGCUGAUGACCUCCAGAAACUGCUUGAUGAACGCCAGAAACAGUUGCAGUCGGAAAUGGAAAAUGCUAACAUGUCAGAACAAAUGAUUGCUGGUCAAGAAGAAGAACUGAGCCAUCUGUAUAACAUUCUGGAACAGCAGCGAGACGAGAUCAGUAACUUGAAUGGUGGCUUAGAUCAACUUUACGGCCAAAACCCAGACGCAAGAGGGCCAUCUUAUGAUGCAGAAGUGAACAGACUUCGUGAUGAAGUCAACUCUUUGAGAGAGACACUAGCCAUGCAAUCUUCUUAUAUGGAAAAUAUGCCCAAAUUUUCAACAGGUACCUCAACAGAUCCCCAUCUACCUCAGACACAACCCACUUUACCACAAGUCAGCAACACUCAAUACAUCUCUGAUGACCUGGGUCAUUUUAAUGGAUUUCAAGCUUUUCCAAGUGACAAUGCUUUAGACUACCAGAUAUCACCUUCACCAUUCAAUCAGACUGCUGCCCCACAAGUACCUCCAGAACUAUCACCAACUCUUCAACAAGUCUCUCCUCCUACAAACGUAUAUAUCCAACCCCAACCUGUCUUGGUAAACAGUAAGGACAGAAGAAUGGAUAUGGCUUACAUACCUUCAAAACAGCCAUCAAACUUUGGCAGUAUAUUGGUGCAACCAGACCAUGUAGGGAGUGAGUCAGUGCAGCAAUUCACCAAUGAAGCAGAACAGUAUGAUGCACCUAAUCACCUAGUGCCAGAGAAAUCAACAACAGUACAUUUGACCCCUCAUACAAACAGAAAUUUAGAUAUUGCUCCUCAAAACCCCUUUCUUACUGAUAUCAUUUCAUCUGGUAAUUCACCCACUUGGCAGGGUGUAUCUACAAAGUUUCCUUCUGAGGUUGUAACUUCAUCUCCUAAAAUUAUACAACCACUGCAGACACAGCCAAUAUUGUAUGUGGCUUCACCUGAAAAGGUAGACCAUAGGAAUCACACUCAGGCAGGGGUUAUCACACAGAGGAUUUCCUCACAACCUGUGAAGAAUUCAUGUUUAUUAACUGCUGGCGCUGAAGAACAUUUAACACAACCUGAAAACUCAAUGCAUCCAGUAAAUUCCACUGGAAGUCACUACCAAAAUUAUAAUCCUCUGAAAACAGUAUCUUUCAAACAACCAUUUGUUCAGUCUACUUCAGAAAGCCAUGAUACUGCAGGUUCAAAUUUAACAGGAACCCUUCUGCCUAGACGCCCUAUUAGGUUUACUUCAGGAUCACAAUACAGGGAGCCAUAUAGACACUCAGUAAACCAUCAACCACAGCAACUAUAUACUGUUACAAACCAUCAACCACAACAGUUAUAUACUGAAAUAGAACAGCAACCACAACAACUAUAUUCUACAACAAACCAAAGACAGCAGCUGUAUAAUUCCACAAACUAUCAAACACAGCAGCCUCAACAGCUAUAUAACACGACAAGCCAUCAACCACAACAGGUACAUAACACUUCAAGCUAUCAACCACAGCAACCAUAUACUGCAUCAAACCAUCAACCUCAACAGUUACAUGCUGUGUCAAGCUAUCAGCCUCAGCAGAUAUUUACAACAGCAAACAAUGAACCACAGAAAUUAUACAGUGUACAAGCACCAAUCCACCCUCAAGUACCACCUGAUGUCCAGACACAUAUACAUCCAAAUGGAAACAUACAGUACCACACAGCAAUUCCUGGCCCACCAGUGGCUUCAAGUUCACCGGUCAACUUGCACACAAAAGACUAUGGAAGGCAACAUGGGAAACAAUUUAGUCCAAUAAAGACUGUUUUGGAAUCAAAUGUGCAACGUACUUUUCCUUCUUCUAGAACACUCUACCAUCCAGAACAUGAGGGAAUGUUCUGUAAUAUUCCAGAACACAGCAAUUUGGAACAUCUAGUCAACAAACUACAACGGAAACUGGCUCGAUGGAAAUCGAGGUUUCAAUACCAGAUGCAGAGGGAAGAAGCUGAUACUUUACAGAAAAAGAGCAAGUUGAUGUACAAACUGAAAGAACAGCUGGAGGAACGGCGGAAUGAGCUGGAAGGUUUGGACUUGGCAAUAGAACGUCAAAAGAGGAAUCAGGAGAAGAUGAUGAAGGAGGAGAGACAACUGAUGUGUGACCAUAAGCUGGCUAAAGAAGAACUGUUACGUCUACAACGUGCUUCGUUGCAGAACAGGAAACGGAAACACAUCCCCCACAACUACAUAGAAACUGACAGUUCAUCUGACUCCAGCUUUGAAGACCGAGAGUCUUAUAAGAAACAGCUGAAACUUCAAGAUGAAAUCAAAUGCUUGGAAAAGACUCUGUUUAAACGACAGGCACAGCUGAAGGAUGCAGACGCAAAACUCAAAGAAUACAAACAGAAUUUAAAUGAUGCAAAAUUACAGGCUGAAGAAACAGUUAGAAAACAUGACAGUGCUUCUUCCUCUUUACACACUGUCAGGAAAGAGACUCGAGAACUGGAAGAACGAGCAAACAAGGCAGGGCUACAACUUAUCACAGAAUCUGGGAACCUGAAGAUGAUUAAAACAGAAUACAAAGAGAUGCAGCAGAAAAAAAGCACAUUGGAGAAAAUACUGGCAGAUAUAAAUGUGAUCAUUACUGAAAAAGAUAGGGAAUUUCGAAAGCUUGAUAGUAAAAUCCAAACCUCAAAUCAAAGACUACAAUUGGUGCAGAGGGAGCUGACAGUGACAUCUGAGGCAGAGAGAGAAGCUACAAAGUCUUUGAUAAAUUCUAGAGGAAAAUUAGAAAAGACAAAACUGGAGAUCAGCAAAUUAAGAGAACAGGGUGAAAUCCUGGCCUUGCAAGUGAAAGACCUAAAUAAGCAUGUGUGUCAAAAACAGAAAGAACUAUCAAACAUACAAGAGGACGUGGGGAAGAAGAAGUCAGACAUCGACAAUUUAUUGAGGGAAGCACAAACGGCAGUUGUAUUAAAACAGAGAGAGUUAAAGGCAUGUCAUGAAAAACUUGUUAAACUUGAGGGCUGCCAUCUUGAACUUGCAACAGUUACUCGAAACAAAAAAGGGGAACUUGAAGAAGUGACAAAGGAAUUGGAAAAGCAGCGCCAAGCUGCUAGUGUUCUUAAUUCAAAUAUUAAUGAAGAGAAGCAAACUCUUCAGACUGCUAUUGACCAACGCAAGAUUGUUCAAGCCAAUACUGAUGCUCUGAAGAAUCAAAUGGAACAGAAAUAUGCUGAACUAGAAAAAACAUUCAAGCAUUUAUCAGAGGAAAAACUUAAUCUGAGCAAUGUUGUGAAAGAAACAGACCAUCAUAAGAAAGAACUGAAGCUUCUACAACAGUCUGUGAUAGAGGAACGUAGCUGUUUGGAUAAGCUUAUGGUAGAAAGAGGCAAUUUGCAAGAGAAGGUUUCAAGUCUGUCUAGAGAACAUAACCAAUUAGUGAAGAACCACAGUGAAUUUGAUACAAAGUUAAAUGAAGCUAAAACGGAACUCUACAGUGUUGAAACUACCAUAAAAGAGAAAACCGGUCAUCUAAACUCCUUACAAGAUGACAUCCAGCAUGAAGAAGAUCUCAUUAGUCAAUGUCAGAAUAAGAAAACAAUGUUAGAAACAGAACUGGAAUCUCUUCAAGAAAAUAUCUCAGAACGGCAGAAGGAAUUAAACACGAUAGAAAAAUCACUCCAAGAUGCUGAGAUUCAAAUGUCAAAUUCUAAAGAGAAAUCUGAACAGAUCAAUUCAGCAAAUAUUGAUUCUCAGGUGAUUCUUGACCAUUUAACCUCUGAGAUUAAACAACAAAGAAUUCUUCGUUGUAAUCAACAAAAUCAGGUCAAAGUGUUGCAGAAACAGCUGGAACAAUUGACUUACUCUUUUGAGGAGAAGACUACGGAAAUGGAAAAAAUUUCUAUGAGCAAUUCUGAAGCAAGAGAGAAGUUAGACUCCAUGAUGAAUGAAAUAAAGGAGGCAGAGCACCAACUACAGGAACUCAGAAAUAAAAUUGGAAUCUUUCAAAAACACUCAACUGAAAUCAAAGAUGUUGAACAACUGAAAAAUGAGUUGAAAAUUGAUGUAAAACUUUUGAAUGAACAAAAAUCUUCUCUAGAAUUACAUCUCAAUGAACUCAAGAAAGAUAUUACUCGGCAACUGUUUCUGGAACACCAACCAGAGAAAGAGAAUCUUGAGAACAUAAUACGUUACAACGAUGAGGAAUGGCGUCGUGAGGCCCUGAAAGAGAAACUCAUAGAAGAACAGGAUCAUGUUAGGAUGCAAUUACAACAAAAGAUGCACCACCAUUUUGAUGUGCUUGAUUCAACAAAGCAGCAGUCAGAAGGAGUCCUCAACAAAUUGAAACAUAAGUUGAACAUCCUUCAAGAUGUUUUCAUCUCCAACAAAGGCCCAUGACAAAAGGCACUACCAACUCAGUUUCAUUUUUUUUUUUUUUUAUAGAAUUUCGAAUAGCUGUCUACUCCAAGAAAGACUUUCAUCUAUGAUGGAUGUUCACCAGUUUUUUUUGUUUUGUUUUUCGUUUUUUUAAUUUUUUUUUUAUGGGGUUGGAAAUGUGAUUCAGUUGUUUUUAUGAUAUUAUCACUCUUGGAGUUUCAGAAUAUGAUUCUUUCAUAUCCAGUUCCUGUACUAAAAUAAUGGUGCAGAGAUUAUGAAAAAAAACAAAAAAGACUCUACAAUAUUUUGUAUUUUAUAUUUUGUGAAAAAUGUAUGCCAUUUGAGACAUACCUACACAAGUAUGCCUCCCUUGACUUUGUUUCCUCAUGACAUAGACAAAAAUAGGUAUUUUUCAAUGAAAUUUUCUUCAAAUACUUCUCAGACAAUGUAUGUUGUGUGUAUCAGUGUGUGUGUGUGCACCCAUCAGUUUUUUUCAUGUGAAAUUCUGAUUAACCAUAAUCUACACCGUUUGAAAGAUAUUGUCAGCUUGUGUGAAUUUGACUGAAACUCCUCUUCCCACCACCCGUCUGAAAACAUUUUUCUACCACAAAUUCAGAUAUAAUUGGAAUCUACACCAUCUGAAUGAUAUUUGUAGUAACUCACUUAAAGAAACCUAUUUUUUCAAAAAUUAUGAGGAAACAAAUUUCUUUUUUUUUUUUGAGGUGAGACAUACAGGUAUAGGUAUGCCCCAUUUGGUCCUGGUACAAGUAUACCAGUGUUAGCAAACCAAAGAGCCAAAUUUCCUUCAAAUUAUACCCUAGCAUCUUAAAAAGAUUUAGUCCUACUCUCUAAAAAGAUGGGAUGGUUAUGGCUGGAGUGCCUUUUAUCUUAGGGCUGAUCAAUCUCAAGACCGUGACCAAAUCAUCACCACUAUUGACAUGAACAAUAUUGAAGGUCUUUCAUUUUAGGUAUUUUUGCUUCAUUGUUUAGAUGGUCUGUGAGUGCAGUUUGUGAGUGUAUUAUCUGAGUGUGGUCUGUGAGUAUGGGCCAUCAAUGUCAUCCAUGAGUGUGGUCUGUGAGUAUAGUAUUGGACUAUGUUCUGACAAUUUGGCCUGUGAGCAUUGUAUGUGAGUGUGUUCUGUGAGCAAGGUCUGUCAAUGUGAUCCAUGAACAUGGUCUGUGAGUGUGGUCCAUGAGUGUAGUCUUGUGUGUGGUGUGUGUUAGCUAUGAUAAUGUGAACCGAUCUAGCUUCUGCUCUUUGUAAUUUGUUUUAGAGAUUGAAGACCAGGUUGGAUUAGUCUAAUCCAUGGUGGGACAAAUCCUUGUAGACAUGUAAGAGGUGGCACAAUUUGUUACUAUAGAAAACUUAAGCCCAGCACUUCAUGAUACAACGUUCAUAUAUUAAUACAAUCACUCCACCUACCAGGGAUUUAGUUCAGACUGAAAUGUCAUUCCUGUUGCACUCAUGCUGAUAGUCCCAGUUAAUUAAUUUCUAAUGAAUAGAAUACUUCUGGUAAUAAUUAAUUCUCAAUGAAUUGAAACAUGUAAAACAUGUUCAGUGAGAUGGUUGCUGUUAUGAUAUUGAUGAAAAUAUGCUGUUUGAAAGUAGUCUGUCCUCCAAAAUAUAAACGUAUAAAUGGAAGAAUGACACUGCCUUGAUUCUUUAUCCUCCAGUAUGGAUGUGUAAUUUAGUAAGAGAAUAACACUGCUAAUUCUUCUUCUCCAACAUGUCUGAUUAAUAUUUUGAGAAAAUAAUGACUUUUUUUUUUACUUCAUCCUCCAACAUGUCUGCUUAUGGUGGAUGAAUGACAUUGUCAUGUUGCUCUGUCCUCCAGUAUGUUUCUUUCCUAUAGUGGAGGAACAUUAUUAACCCUCUUUUUCAUUCUUUCCCUCUCCUUUAGUAUAUCCAUUUAAUCUAGUAGAGGAACAAUACUGCUUCCUGCCCUCAUACUCCAGUAUGUUUGCUUCAUCUAAUGGAGCAGCUUGAAAAAAAAGAGAAGACAAAUUAAAAUGGCUUCCCUUCAUGAAAUCAAACCAAAAGCUUAGCUUCAUGAUUCAGUAAUUAUAUAGUUGAAUACUUCAAGCUUGUAGGAAAAUAUGUCCUGUCCCUCUUUGCCAUUAUAACACAGAAAUGUUAAAUUGAGGAGCUAGUGAUGGUAGUGUGUUGUUUGAAGUUCUAAACUUGACAUUUUAGAUUGUCUUUGAUGGAUGAAAAAUAUUGAUUUUCAUAAAAUUCAAAGUUUGUAUGUGUCAGUUGGUUUGAUUUCAUAAUUUGACAUCUUGGAAGAUUUAAAUUUACCUUCUCGUUUGAUGUUAUUGAAAAUUGUAAUGAUAAUAUAUUUUUUUGUUUAUUGCCUUUCUUAAAAUGCCUUGUCUGAGUUUUAAGUUGCAACAUUCAUGCGUUUUCCAAAAGGCAUUAGCAAGAUAAAAAGGAAUUACAAUCAAAGCUUCAAAAACCUUAUUGUCGGCAGAAGCAGAGUCACCAUCAUCCUCAUCAUCAGUGACAGCAACAGCAUCACCAUCAUCAUUUUAUGUCGACUUUUCCAUGCUUUCAUUGGUUCAGUGGAUCUUCUUCAGCACAGGGUCAUGUCACUUGCCAUCUCUUUUUGGUAAGUUCCAGUCUCGUGAGGUCAGACUUUUCUUUCCAUGUCUUCCUUUUCCACAGGUUUCUUCCACUGGGAUCAUUUAGCACUCCUUUCACAUAACUGUCUGUUAUCCUUUGUAUACAUCACGUGUCCAUACCAGUUCAGUCAUAUCUCUUGCACACUACAUCUAUUUCUUCUUAUAUUCAGUUUAUCUCUAAACCUAUCUGUGCCUUGUCAUUCAUGCAUACUAACAUUACACAUGCAACAGAGCAUGUCCACUUUUCUUUCCAGUCUUUGCACAUCCUGUUCAUUUCAUGUUUUACUAUCAUGCAACAUUGCGCUUUGUACACAAGCAUCAUGCAAUCUACCCUUCAUUUAGAGACAGAACCAUUUUUUACCAGCAGAGGUAACAGCUUACUGAGCCAGCCUUCUCCACUUCAUUCUUACUUUCACUAUUAUCCUUUCAUAACACCCACCCUCCAACUUCCAUUGCUGAUUAAGCCAUAAGCCAUCAACUACUUCUAUGGAACCUUCCAAGCAUUUGAAAGAAUAUAUUUCAAUGGUGCUCUUCCUGCUAAUUAUUCCUGUGUAUCCAGUGACAUAACAAGGGUGUGAACCACCUGGAAUAGUCCCCGAGUUAGCCCACCACCUCAGGCCCCUAAGCCUUAUAUAGGCUUAUACAAUAAACCCAAAAGUACUACUCUGUAAAAAGAAUUGCCCAGGGUGGGCCACUUCCUUGCCAUGCUCAGUUCUAUGUGCAACUGCCACAUAUGAAGUCUUCCUUCUCUCUUAUCAUGCCUGUGAUCCCACUACAUCUCAUAUAUACCCAUAAUUUACAUUGGACAGACUGUAUAAAAUCUUCCCUUUUUUUUUUUUUUUUUUUUUUUUUUUUUUUUUUUUGCAUAUCAAGCAUAGGCACUUCCUAGUUGACAGCAGAGUUUUGUUUCCUGUUAACUAAAGCUUUUGUCAUUGCUAGAUUUACUUUGGUGCCUGUCAAUUCUAGGCUCUGCUUCCAUGUUUGCAGCUUGAGAAUUAGGUUAUCAGCAUACAGAAAUUCCCAUAAACAACUAAUUGUGAACUCCUGUAUUGUAGACACAGGGGGAACUGAGAAUUAAGCUCCUUUGUGGCUCUGUCUACUCUGCCAUUUCACAAGAAUAUUAACUCCUGCUUAACUGGAAUCUUGCUCCAGUCUAGUCUGUUGCUUGCAGUAAAAUGCCUUCAAGAAACUCCAAAUGACUUUCUGUAUCUAUAAACCCUACACUUCUUCUUCCUUCUUGUCUUUGGCAUCACCUAAUAUUUUCUUUCAAUUUCCAUUUAACUGAUGGCAUCAUUCAACUUCCAUACCUUCCUUCUCCAUAUUGUCAGAAAUAUAUUUCUGAGUCUAUCUUGAUUUUAUUCUGAUGUCACUGAUAAUAAGUUUAUGUUAAGCAGUAUGUUCUUCACAACCAUUCGUCAAAUUUUCUGGUGAGUAUGAAAUCUUUCUGGUUUGUAUAUUCACCUAAGUGGUAGGGGAUCAGGUGGAUGGUUGGUUUCUUAUAGUUAGUGUCACAAAUGGCUAGAUCAUCUGCAUCAUAGAAUCCCAAUUCAUUAAUCCUUCUUCAUUCCUUUUCAUGGUUGACCAAAGCCUUUUGAGUGGAAUUGGUAGAUGAAAACUGAAAGAAGCCUGUCAUGUAUAUAUAUAUAUAUAGGCAUGUGUGCAUGCUUGCUUACAUAUGUAUGCAUGUAUGUGUGUGUGUUCCUAUCUCUUUGCCGCUACUUCAUGUCAUACUUGUAAUUUCCCAUCAUGCAUAUGGUGUCCAUCAUUUUCAACCUUCUGUGAAAACAUGUCUAAUCAUGGAGAAAUAUCACCUUACCUGGAAACAAAUUCCAUCUGACCUGUGCAAGCAUGGAAAAGUGAAUAUUAAAACAAUGAUGAUGACAUCUAGGCAACAAUCCACAUCUCAUCAUGGGGCCAACAUCUGCCACUAAGCAUUAUAUAUGUGAAUGUUUAUGCCAUAUUUUUAUUUUAACAAGUUCACAUCUUUUGAUGGAGAAGAUGUUAAAAAAGAACUCUUAUUUCGGACUUUCGAUAAGAGUUUUAUUGAAAAAUAUGGAAUUGAGAUAACUUCAUCAUUAAUAUUGCUAAUUAACCAGUCUCUCUCUAUCUAUCACCCUUUAACUGUAGAGUAAUAUUUUUUUAGAGUGAAGGGCAUACCUACAUGGAAUGACCUUAGCUCCCUACAUUUUCCUCUCUAAUUUUCGAUUGUAACCAAGAGAGAAAACUUAAAGGGGUGAGUUUAUUGUAGUAAACAGAGAGGGAGAAGACUUAGUUUAUUGUUGCUGAGAGUGAAAGGACUUAAAGGAUGAGCAGGGAUGUUCUUGGGUGGAAGGAAUGAGAAAGUGGUUUAGUUCAAGGCUUGUGGGUGGUUUAGUGGAGUGAUACGAAAAGAGGACAGAAGGAUGAGUCGAGAAAGCUUGAAUGGAAAUGGUGACAUAAAUCAGUUAGCUCCAAAAGAGCCGAAACUACUGUAGUAGCAAUAGAAGAAGCAGGGUGAGGAGACAGCAUGCCUGUGUACCAAAGAGGUGGGAGUGUGUUGGUGAGUGACCCCAUGCCAGUCAGUCAGGUACUCUUUUGUGAGAUUUUGGCCAAGGAUGCUGGUGUGUGUAGCAGUAAUACCAGCAGAAGCAAAUAUGGAUGUAGUUUAUGUGCACAUGUGUGUGAAUGUGUAUCUGUGUGGUGUGUAUGUGCAUAUGUGUCUCAAAUGAGGAACAGUAAUUUAUGUUGAAAGUGUAAAGAACUAAAGUCAAAUAUUAGCAGUUGUACUAGACUGGUUGAUUUCAAGCUUUUUUUUCUUCUCCUACAUAGACACAGGCAUGGCUGUGUGGUUAAGACGCUCGCUUUGCAAGCAUGUAUGUGGUUUGGGGUUCAAUCCCACUUUGCAGCACCUUGGGCAAGUGUCUUCUGCUAUAGCCCAAGGCUGACCAAUGCUUUGUGAAUGAAUUUGGUAGAUGCUGUGUGGAAGCUUGUCAUAUAUAUAUAUAUAUAUAUAUAUAUACGUGUGUGUGUGUGUGUGUGUGUGUGUGCAUGUGCCUUUGUGCUACUUCCCCCACUUCCUAUCAUUUGACAAUCAAUGUUGGUUUGAUUACAUCCUCAUUUAUUUACAUUGUUUUGAAUUUAUCAUGUAUUCUCUUGUAGCUUCAAGAUUUUGACGAUAUGAUUGUUUAUUUUUAGAAUGACAUUGUAGGGUAGGCGUGAGAGGCUGGAUCUGGUUAGUUUGAACAUAAAACAGGUAAAAUAUUUGGGCCAGAUAUGGUUGGAUUAAAUGUUAAAGAGUUAAUCCUUGGCAAAAAGCUGACCAAUUUAAUUAGUAUUGCAAACAACUGUUUAAAUCUGUAGUUUAUUAAUGAGGAAACUAAUUAGUUAGAUGUUUAUCAGUAACAACAGAUAGCUAAAAUAAAUUUAUUUGACAUGGAAAACAGCAAAUAUAUGCUCAUUGUUUUAUCUGUUGAUUAAAAUCAAUGCUUUUUAUUUGUCUUAUUCAUUGUGAUGAGUAAUCAAGACUAAAAUUGAUUUCACUGAUUAAUGAAUAAACUGUUAAGGAAUGACCAAUAAUAAUAACUUGUUUGUUCAGUUUACAUCAGCUUU